AUGGAAACGGUAAAAGAAAAUGGUUUGGUAGUAGCUGUUAUGUCAUGGAUUAUAGGAUGUGUGAUAGCUUUAGUAUCCUUAGUUUAUUUGGUUCUAAAUAUCAAAUUACGAAACACCAGAUUGAUCAAAAUGUCCAGUCCUAAUUUGAACUGUCUGGUAGCCAGUGGUGGAAUUUUAGCCAGUAUAACCUGUUUAUUAUAUGGUGUAGAUCAUUUCAUCGACAAGAACCAUCAGCAACUGUCUAACUUCUGUCAGCUUCGAGCAGCAUUCCUGACCUGUGCCUUCACUUUAUUGUAUGGUCCUUUAGUAGCUAAAUGUUGGCGAGUAAACAGAAUAUUUGAACAAGGAUCUCUCAAACGUGUGGUUAUUCGAGAUAGUAGGCUAUAUUUGUUAAUUGGUGCCCUGUUAUUUGGUGAUGUUUUAAUGAUGGCAGCUUGGCAGAUUGUUGAUCCUUUACAUUAUACCACUGUUGCCAGCUUAACAAAGGAACCAAAAUUAUGGAAAGGAAAUUCUUCGAUCAACUUGUCUGUGACAAUUAUCCCAACUUGCAGCUGUAACAACCUACCGACGUGGUUAACACUGAUGUUUCUUUUGAAAGCUCCAGUACUCAUCACCAGCCUUGUAUUAGCUUGGAGAACUAGAGAUGUCCUAAUACCAUCCAUGAAUGAUUCCUACAGUAUCAUCAUCUCCAGUCUUACCACCCUGUUUGUUACUGCUACAGUCUUCACGUUAAAAACUAUCCAUUUCGCUAGUCCAGAUAUAGUUACUGUUGUUAUUCUUUUGGGAAUUGGUAUCUCUACUAUUGUCACUACAUCUAUGGUGUUUGUACCAAAGUUGCUAUUAUGGUGGAGAAAUCCAGAAAAGUCUGCCCUAAGGUUAUCCAUUAAUUCUAAAUCUACCCACAAUGUUACCGGUAUUAAUACCGCUGAUAUACUAGAAGAUGAUAUGUUUACUAUGGUAGCUGAGAAUAUCUCCAUGAAGAAAUCAUUACAAGAGAAAGAUGCUGCCAUCAAUGUUUUGCAGGGACAUUUGACCAACGCUCAACAGAAGUUAAUGGAGAUAUCUCUCGACCAGGAAGCUCGACUAGAUAGUGGUUUAGACAGUGAUGGUAACACAACUUCCUUAGAAGAUUCGCCAAAGAGAGGAACCCCAUCUACGCCACCACAAAAUACUACAGUCAGCUUACCAGAAACCCCACGGCAACCUAGCUUGAAGAGUUUCAGUAGUUCAUCCAGUGUAGUGGAAUACCAUAAACUCUGUCGUCUACGAGAUUCCAUUGCCGAAGAUCUAACUCUUGCCAGAGAUUUAAGCAGUGACAUCCGGAUUUCCAUCACUAAAGAUAUUCAUGCAGCGGAGAAGAUUACCAGGAAAGGCUCCUUCCGUUAUGAAUCUGUCAAGUCUCGACAGGAACUAGCAGGCUCGAUUACAAAAUCCUACAAUUUGACGAACUCAUGUGAUACCUACGACUACGUCUCCAGUUGCGUCACCUCCUCAUCUAAUCUUCAUCAUCCACCUUUAAAAGCUCUGCAGUAUUCGUCCUCUGAAAGUAUUGAUACCUUACCUAACGAUAAACUCUACCCAGACAACCACCGAAGGAAGAAACAGAAAAGGAUUCCAAGACGAAACGAAUUAAAUAAGAGUGUUUACUUUAUACCAACCGAUCCUCAGCAAGUUAACUGUGCCAUGACUAAAUCUAUGGAUACUGACACUUUUGUGUAG